CGCAGCAAGAACUUUAUCGCCGGGAAGACUUACAGCUCCGCCGCCUCGGAGGAGAAUCGAAGACGAUUUUCAUGUCUUCGAUUUCGUUAUCUAAUCCUAGCCUCUCUACUCUCGUCUUCUGCCGAAACCAGAGAUAUCACAAUAAAAAGAAUGGCGUAGUUUAUGGCGGCGGCAGCAGCCUCAUUUCAAGAAGUCGGAGAAUACCUAGAUGUGCUGUAGAUACACCAUCUGGAGGCAAUGUCCCAACUUUCCCUCGAAUUAGGGUUUGGGAUCCAUAUAAACGCCUUGGUGUAAGUCCUUAUGCUUCAGAGGAAGAAAUUUGGGAUGCUCGCAACUUUCUACUGGAACAAUAUGCUGGCCAUGAGAGAAGUGAGGAAUCAAUAGAAGCUGCCUUUGAGAAACUACUUAUGGCUAGCUUUGAACAGAGGAAGAAAACCAAAAUCAACUUGAAAAGCAGGCUAAAGCAGAAAGUAGAGGAGUCUCCACCUUGGUUUAAGAACUUGCUCAAUUUUCUGGAACUUCCCCCAAUGGCAGUUAUUUUCAGAAGAUUUUCUCUCUUUGCCUUCAUGGGUGUCUGGAGCAUCAUGAAUUCUGCUGAAGGUGGACCUGCUUUUCAGGUAGCUGUCUCCUUGUUAGCUUGCAUAUAUUUCCUUAAAGAGAAAACAGAGAGCUUAGCUAGAGCAUCCAUUAUGGGAUUUGGGGCGCUUGCUGCUGGUUGGAUAUGUGGCUCCAUAUUUAUUCCCAUGAUGCCAUCGUUUCUGUUUCACCCAACAUGGACACUCGAACUCCUAACAUCCUUAGUAGCAUAUUUUUUCUUGUUUGUUGCCUGUACUUUUCUCAAAUGAGGGCCCUACCAUCUCCUCUUUCCCCUCUUAGAAACUCUUAACAGAUUUUUUGUUGAACAUUAUGUGUACUCUGAUCAUCCAAAUGUUUGUUGUUACAUAUAUCAUGGACAUGUGUUACCCCAAUUUAUUACCCUUCUGUGACUUUGAACCAUCUGGAACUGUCAAGUCUGUGUACCAAAAUAACGUAUCUAAAUUCAUCUCUGGUUGUCUAAUGUUUCCACCCACAUGCCAUGGAAACAAUGCAUCUCUGGUCGCACCGUUGCAGAGGUUUUCCUGUAAUGUUGAAAAUUAUUGGGGCAUGGAACCCUGCAUCGAUCUAUUAUUGAUGAAGAAACAUGCACUUUAGAG